AUGUUGUCCAGAGUGUUAAGAACCAGAGGUUCACUUCAAGUGGCCAAAAAAUCAUUAAACUUACAAAUGAUUAGAUCUAAAUCGGUCAUUCCUUUAUCAUCAACCGUUUCAUCGUACCCAACUGAUCACACCGAAAAGGGGGCUGAACCAUACUUGACACCUAGUUUCCUCAACAAUGAAUUUAUCAAGUCUGAAUCUACUGAAUGGUUUGAUAUUCAUGAUCCAGCCACCAACAAUGUUGUUUCUAGAGUGCCACAAUCUACUGAAAGUGAAUUGGAUGAAGCUAUUGCUGCUGCACAUGCUGCUUUCCCUGGAUGGAGAGAUACCAGUAUUAUCAAGAGACAAGGUAUCGCUUUUAAAUUUGCUGCUUUGUUGAGAGAAAAUAUGGAUCGUUUGGCAGGUAUGAUUGUUUUGGAACAAGGUAAGACUUUUGGUGAUGCUCAAGGUGAUGUGCUUAGAGGUUUGCAAGUUGCUGAACAAGCUUGUAAUAUCACCAAUGACUUGAAGGGUGAGACUUUGGAAGUUAGUACUGAUAUGGAGACCAAGAUGAUUAGAGAGCCAUUGGGUGUUAUUGGUUCAAUUUGUCCAUUUAACUUCCCUGCCAUGGUUCCAUUGUGGUCAUUGCCAUUGGUUUUGGUUACUGGUAACACUGCUGUUAUCAAGCCAUCAGAAAGAGUUCCUGGUGCCGCCAUGGUUAUUUGUGAAUUGGCCGCUAAAGCUGGUGUUCCUCCAGGAGUCAUCAACAUUGUUCAUGGUAAACACGCCACUGUUAACAAGUUGAUUGAAGAUCCAAGAAUCAAGGCAUUGACAUUUGUUGGUGGUGACAAGGCUGGUAAAUACAUUUACGAAAAGGGUUCAGCUUUGGGUAAGAGAGUUCAAGCCAACUUGGGUGCCAAGAACCAUUUGGUUGUUUUACCAGAUGCUCCAAAACAACAAUUUAUCAAUGCAUUGAACGGUGCUGCUUUUGGUGCCGCUGGACAAAGAUGUAUGGCUAUUAGUGUAUUGGUUACUGUUGGAAAGACGAAAGAAUGGAUUCAAGAUAUUGUCAAGGAUGCUAGCAAGUUGGUUACUGGUUCUGGUUUUGAUCAAUCAUCCGAUUUGGGUCCAUUGGUUAACCCAGAAUCUUUAAAGAGAGCAGAAGAAAUUAUCGAAGAUUCGAUUGCCAAUGGUGCUAAAUUGGAGUUGGAUGGUAGAGGAUACAGACCAAAGGAUGCUAAAUUUGCCAAUGGUAAUUUCUUGGCUCCAACUAUUUUGACCAAUACCAAGCCAGGUAUCAGAGCUUAUGAUGAAGAGAUUUUUGCCCCAGUUCUUUCCGUUGUCAAUGUUGACACUAUUGAUGAAGCUAUCGAAUUGAUUAACGCCAACAAGUAUGGUAAUGGUGUUUCCAUUUUCACUUCAAAUGGUGGAUCAGCCCAAUACUUCACCAAGAGAAUCGAUGUGGGACAAGUCGGUGUCAAUAUCCCAAUUCCAGUACCUUUGCCAAUGUUUUCAUUUACUGGUUCAAGAGGUUCGUUCUUGGGUGACUUGAACUUUUACGGUAAGGCUGGUGUUACAUUCUUGACCAAACCAAAGACCAUCACUGCUGCUUGGAAGGUUAACACUAUCGAUGAGGAGAUUUUGAAACCAUCCACUUCUAUGCCUGUUCAACAAUAA